CGGCCAGAGCGACGCAGCCAGACACAGACGCAGACGCAACCUGCCCGUGUGUGUGUGUCGGCCAGAGCGACGCAGCCAGACGCAGCCUCAGCCGCCGGCCCCGAGCGUCCCCAACCCGCCCGGCAGCCGCCUCGCCUGGAGCCGCCCAUGGGCAAAGCUCUGCUCCUGGGCCUGGCCGCUCUGGCCUGCGCCGGCCUGGGCGCGGCCCUGCAGUGCCUGAAAUGCGACUUCACCGCGUUCGACGCCCCCUGUGAGCUCAGCCCGGUCACCUGCCCGGCCGGGCAGCUCUGCGCCACCGUCCGGGGCCACGCAGCCGGCCACAAGCUGAUCAUGAAGAAGAACUGCGUUGACAAGGGGAAAUGCCACACCAACGACAACUCGACCUUCGCCGACAUCACCUACAGCACCUCCUACGAGUGCUGCGAGGGCGAAUUCUGCAACUCGGCCGCGGGCGCCGGGGCCCAGCUCUCCCUGGCCGCAGGCCUGGCCGGGCUGGGGGCCUGGCUCGCCCGGGGCCUCUAAUCCCUGCUCCGCAAG